CCGCCCCCUGCCGCACAGUCGCCCCUCCCACGGAAAUGCAAGUCUGGAAUUAGCAGAUGCUUCCCAAGAUGGCACGAGUGCUGAAGGUGGCGGCCGCGAGCGCCGCAGGCCUUUUCCCCAGACUUUGGACUCCAGUUUCAACAGUAAGAACUUGCGCGUCGCUGUCCUCACAUCCAGGGGCUGGCCCUGUAUGGAACCUGGGUCGUCUCAACCAUGUUGCAAUCGCAGUGCCAGACUUGGAAAAGGCCAGAGCAUUUUAUAAAAAUGUUCUGGGGGCCGAGGUGGGUGAGCCAGUCCCUCUUCCAGAGCAUGGAGUGUCCGUCGUUUUUGUCAACCUGGGAAACACCAAGAUGGAGCUGCUGCACCCACUGGGAAGUGACAGUCCAAUUGCAGGAUUCCUAAAGAAAAACAAGGCUGGAGGGAUGCACCAUGUCUGCAUUGAGGUGGAUAAUAUAAAUGUGGCUGUAAUGGAUUUGAAAGAAAAAAAGAUUCGUAUUUUAAGUGAAGAGCCCAAAAUAGGAGCACAUGGAAAACCAGUGAUCUUUCUCCAUCCUAGUGACUGUGGUGGAGUCCUUGUGGAAUUGGAGCAAGCCUGAUGAAUAAUUCACAAGAAACUGAUCACCCUGAGAAAGCCUUAUCACAGGGUGCUGCAACAUCGAGUCCUUCACUGCUUCUGUCACAGAACUAAAUUACGGAAAGAGGUUUUUUAAAUUAUAUGUGUGCAUAUACAUGUAUACACACACAAAAUAUUUACUGAUUAUGUUGGAUUCUUUUUUCUUGAUUCGGAGAAAACUUUGACUACUGAAUACUUAUGGAAUAUUAUUAAAGUCAUAUUCAUAGAAAUAAAUUAUUCCUGUUCUGAAACGGG